CCUGGCCCGGCAAGCCACCCCGACAAGAAAUUGUCAAACGAAACAACCCGAGUCCAUCACUCGUUGAAAAAGACUGAGCUCCCUCACUGGUUUGGCUGCAGCUCUGCAAACCGCCGAGUUCACAAUUCUACCCCCACGACCGGCUCCGGCACAUCGACGAAAUGUAUUCCAAGACUCUGAUUGCGCUGGCUGCUGCCAGCCUCCUUGGCCAAAAUGUCGCCGCUGGACCCCACCGUCAUGGCCUCCAGCAUGCCCAUCAAAAGAGGGCCCUUGUCACCGAGGUAGUUACUGUCACUGACUGGGUAACUGUCACUGUCACCGACGGUGACACCAACACCGGCAAUGCGGUCUUCUACACCAAUUCUCGCAAGUUCAGGCCUUCCGAGGCCAAGGCUCAGAGCACCACGACCUCGGUCCCUGCUCCUGCGGCGCCGUCCUCGACUGUCGCAACCACCACCAUCAUCAGCCAGGUCACCUCGACUACCUCUGUCGUCGAGCACAGCACCUCAUCCGUGGUCGUGGUGGCUUCGUCCAGCAGCGAGCCCCAGGUUGAGAAUGUGCCUGUUAGCACACCGAUCCCCUCACCGGCUACGCCUUCUUCAAGUGCCCAAGUGUCCCAAAGCCCAACCGCUGCUGUGGCCGUGGCCGUGCCUUCAUCUUCGGCGGCUGCGUCCACUCCGGCGAGCGGGAACAGUGGCGGCAGCGGAAGCACUGGGGACGUCGGCAAGCGCGGCCUCGCGUACAACAACGCCGAAUUGCUGACCCGCUUCCUCGAUUCUGGUUCUAGGAUCUCGUGGACUUACAACUGGGGCCAAUACGAUGACUCUGGCACCAGCCUCGAGUUCUGCCCGAUGAUGUGGGGCCUCAAGCUCGACUUCGCUCAGACCUGGCCUGGCAAUGCUCAGAAAGCCAUCGAUGCUGGUUCCCGGUGCCUGUUCAGCUUCAACGAGCCCGACCUAGACAGCCAGGCCAAUAUGCCGGCUACAGUUGCUGCUACCAAGCACAUGGAGCUCAUGAACCCCUUCACAGGCAAGGCGCGCAUCGGGUCCCCUGCCAUUACCAAUAGCGGCGCUGCCAACCAGGGCAUCGGUUGGCUGUCGCAGUUCUUUGAUGCUUGCAAGGGCAACUGCACCGUGGAUUUCAUUCCCAUUCACAUCUACGGCGUUGACACCAACACCUUCCUGGCGCACACCCUAAACGUCUACAACACGUUCAAGAAGCCCGUCUGGAUCACCGAGUUCGCAUUCACCGGAUCAGACGAUGAGAUCAACUCGCAGCUCGAGACCGUCAUUGACCAGAUCGAGACCAACUCGACCUUCUCCUUUGUCGAGCGGUUCUCGUACUUCAUGGUCACGGACGGCAGCUUGGUGAAGGGCAACUCGAUCAGCACCUACGGAAACACGUUUGCGUAUGGGGCUUAGAUCAUGGACCAUCUGCCACCAGUUUCUUUCCCUUUUUCUUUCUUAUUUCUCUCUUCGGUGCAUAGACAUCCUAGAGAUUUUGCACCACACUUCUGAUGGUUCUGUUCUAGAAGGAUAUUCCCAACAGUUUGGUUGUAUAUCCCUUCCUGGCAAACUGGGAAAGGAGGGCCUGACGAUCGUGCCAUUAGCU